AUGAACAAAAAGAAUUCGUCAAAAACAUCAUCUUUACGAAAAUCGUCUAAAUCUGAAUUGACACCAGAACAAAUAAUGAAUCUUAAAACAGAACUUUAUCAAUUGGCUCAAUCGAAUAUUAUUCCUUUACCGAAUGAACCGGAUUUUGCAACAUGUGAUGAUACAUUAACUCGAUUUCUUGUGGCAAGAAAUUAUGUUGUUGAAGAUGCUUUUAAACAAUUGAAAUCAGCUGUAGAAUGGCGUCGAGAAUAUCAACCAUUGACAAUUCAAUGUAAAUGGUGUCAUGAAACACCAGGAUUUCAUUCAGUUGUUUAA